AGCUGAUUACAAACGUCAAUAGAAAUAAACAAAAAUAUUUGUGGCAACGAAAUUAAAAACUUUUUCAUAUUUUUUCCGAUUUGUGUAUAUUUUUAAAUAAAAUUAGUAAAAUUGUGGUGGUGGUGUUAGAAAAAUGGGUUUCCCACGCAUCUUAAGUAAAAAUAACAAAAUUUAUACAAAAUUGGGGGAAUUUUGUUUGUCGGGCGAUGCUGGCUUCUGGAUUAUUUGCCAAGUGUGCCAAGAAGAGUUACAAACACAAGACCAAUUUUGGAAGCACAUACAAGAUGAGCAUAACUUCAUGCACGGUUUGGGUUUUACAAAGCAAGAACCAGCACGUAAUUACAUAGAGACCGAGGCAACAGCAGCGCACCUUAUGCCUUUGCCAUUAUACCGUAAAGUGAAUGAAGAAGAGCUACGCGCUAGUGGUGCACUUGAUCAUGGUGAUAAUUCACAGGAAAAACAAGAGCCAAAGGACUAUACAGAAAUGCGCGCCAUUGAACCAAAUGCAGUAGAAAUGGAUAUAAAAGUAGAGCCGCCUAGUAUAAGACAUACGCUAACAUUAGCUCCGCCACCACCACCUACACAAAACGUACACAGUGGAGGUGGUACUGGUGCGGGUGGCGGCGGCGGCGUCGGCGUCGCGCAUCAAACUGUUGAUGUGAGCACAGCUGCACCUGCCUUAUACCAACUGCCACAGGUGACACCAGUGAGUUCAUAUGCUACCACUAUCGUACAUAAUGCACCAACGUUGCCACCCUCAAUGGGUAUGCCGACCGCUGUGGCGGCAGCGGCGUUAAUGUCGCACGAAAUGCCAAAAGAAUCGAAUAGUAAUACGGCGAGUGCUAGCAGUGCCGUCUCCUCGGAGGAUGGUGAACGCUGGUACAUAUGCGACUACGAGACCUGCGGCCUAAAGUUCAAAUAUCAGUCACGGUUAGAAUUGCAUCGUGCAGUGCACAGCAAGGAGCGACGUUUUGCGUGUGAGCUAUGCGGCGCCUCGUUUAAGCAAUCGUGCAAUCUGUCAACACAUCGCAAAAAAAAGCACUUUCUAAAAGGUUCCAAAGGACUAGUGCCGCAGCGAUUUUAAAACAACAAACCCAACCAUACAAAUUAUAGAUUAGGAGUAUUCACACUGAGCACGUUGCUGCGUCACUUGACAGUUUUACGAAUAUUUUGUUACUGUGAAUGCAAAUUUGAACGUUAGUGGGGAAAAUAACAGUCAACUUUUUGACAAUUGGUAUUUAAUGGUCAAGCGGGAAGUUUGAGUAUACAAUAACAAAAAGUGAGUUGAAAAAAAUGAGUAAGUAAUGUUUGUAGUCAAAUCGUGAAAUCCACUGUUAGGUGAAUUUUGUAUAAUUAAGCGAGAUAUACAAAUUUAUUUACUUUUAGUUAAAGCAACUUGUCACUUAGCGCUUUUUAUUAAUUGAUUAAUCAUUUUUUUCUUUUCGCUACAUUUCGGUGUUUUCAAAUUUUGUUUGAACUUUUACUUGUAUAUAAAGAAAAUUGUAUGAAUCAGUUGGUGCGAAAGCGCAAACGCACAGAAAUAAGUCAAAAACUUAUUUGCCGAACUACCAACUAACAAACAGGCAAAGUAACGCAAUUGGUGUGAGUACUCCGAUUGAUUAUAUAAUUUUAAUUCUGUUUAGUUACUUCUACACAUAUUUUCUGCGUCACUUGCAAAUAGUUGCAAUAUUAAUUUUUAGUAACAAUAACAACUAGUGUAGUUUUAAGGGAAACUAGUGUUGUUUAAGUAAGGAAAAAAAAGUGAAGUUAAAAAAAUAUAUUAUAAUAUUAUUUUCCUUAACAUUUUGUGCAAGUUCAAGUUUAGUGAUAAGAAAAAAUGUUUUACUUUUCGUCUAGCAUUAAGCUAUUUCUUUUGAAAUACAUAUACACAAAAGUACAUAUUCUUUUUCUAUUAUAUAUGUAUGUAUAUAAUAUCUUACAUUGAUAUAUGCGCAAGCCGCAACUAUUAUAAAAUGCGAAUGUAAAAGUUUGAUUAUAAACAAAUCAAAUUCAAUGGUACAAUUAUUGUUUUUAAGAUUUUAGUAAAUAAUAAAUUCAUUUUGCCCCGAUU